AUGAAUAACUCAACACUGAACUUCAGCGCAUCUGAAACAUCUACAAACUCCACAGAUCUGUCUAUUGGACUGAUGGAAAGUCUGGAAAUUUGUGUGUUCAGCAUUUAUUUGCUGUUUGGUCUUCCUACAAACUCCUAUGUUAUAUGGCUCAUUGUCACAGGAACGAGUGGAGUUGCAUUAGAGUUCUUAAACCUCAAUCUGUCCGUUUGUGAGAUCGGUAACUGUGUGAAUUGCUUAAUCUCUAUACUAUCAAUUUGGUUUUUAAGUAUAUUACCAUUCAACUAUUUUUUAAUAGGACUAGUUGCCACCGGUCGUCCUCUGUUUCAGUGUCUGAUGUGUGUUGAGCGUUACCUGGCGGUGGUUCAUCCUGUAACCUUUCUGAAGUACAAACCUCUCAGAUAUCGAGUGAUCUGCUGUGCUGUGGCCUGGAUGAUCACUUUUGGCUCCUGUUUCUGUUGCAUGUUCACUAUGGGUUCAUAUCUCAUUGUACAUAUAUGGUUAACCUUAAUGCAGAGCCUCUUCGUCUUCUCCAUUCAGUUGUUUUGUCUUGUGGAUGUUCUCAGAGCUCUGAAGCAGUCAGGACCAGGAGAGAAAAAGAGAGUGAAAGAAGAAAACCACAUGAAGAGAAGAGCGUUUUAUCUCAUUUUAGUAACUACUGUCUCCAUGGUUAUCAUAUAUGUCCCGUUUAGCAUUUCUGGAAUUUAUACUGUUCUGAUAAAAGAGUUUCUUUGGGCAUGUUGGAUCCCUAGUAUGAUUUGUUAUGUGCUGGCUGGUUUUGUGCAGCCAAUACUGUAUCUGCACCGUACUGGAAAAUUGUUCUAA